AAGGACACUGAAAUUCCGGAUUUCAGCGAAUGCGGCAGGAUCGUCAAAGCACCGGCAGUUUUCUCUUGCGGCGUGGGUUGUACUGAGUCAUUUUGGUAGCGGACUACAGCAACCCCUGGACUGACAUGGCGACAGAUAUAACCAAAGGUGUGGAGCAAUUGUCUGUUGGGGAAAUGUAUGUGUCGGACAAAUGUGGCAGCGACCAGGAUGGAGAUGGGACCAAGCAGAAACCUUUCAAGACACCUCUCAAGGCUCUGCUCUUCAUUGGCAAAGAACCAUUCCCUACUAUCUACGUAGACUCACAGAAAGAAGAAGAAGAGGAGCGUUGGGUCGCAAUCUCCAAGACUCAGAUGAAGAGUGCAAAAAAAGCUUUUAACCGUGAACAGGCCAAGAAUGAAUCCAAGGAGAAGAAAGAGGCGGAAGACAAUGAGAGGAGAGAGAAGAACCUGGAAGAAGCCAAGAAAAUCAUGAUUGAAAAGGACCCCAGUUUGCCUGAUCCGGAAACGGUGAAAAUCUCCAAUCUGGGAUCAAAGCGAGGUCAGAGAGUCAAAGUGUUCGGAUGGGUUCAUCGUCUUAGGAGACAAGGCAAAAACUUGAUGUUUAUCGUGCUAAGAGAUGGAACUGGUUUCCUGCAGUCUGUGCUGUCUGAUAAACUGUGUCAGUGCUAUAAUGGCUUAUUGUUGUCCACGGAAAGCAGUGUAGCUCUUUAUGGGACUGUGACGCCAGUUCCUGAAGGAAAACAGGCACCAGGAGGCCACGAGCUCCACUGCGACUUCUGGGAGCUGAUCGGCCUGGCGCCAGCAGGCGGGGCCGACAACAUCUUGAAUGAAGAGUCGGACGUGGAUGUCCAGCUUAACAACCGACACAUGAUGAUCCGAGGAGAAAACGUUUCCAAGGUCCUCAAAGUCCGAUCUACGGUCACACAGUGCUUCAGGGAACACUUCUUCAGCCAUGGUUACCACGAGGUCUGCCCCCCAACUUUGGUGCAGACUCAGGUGGAGGGCGGCUCCACGCUGUUUAACCUCAACUACUUUGGCGAGCAGGCUUACCUGACGCAGUCAUCCCAGCUUUACCUGGAGACAUGCAUACCUGCGCUGGGCGACUGCUUCUGCGUCGCUCAGUCAUACCGAGCUGAACAGUCCCGCACCCGCAGGCACCUCUCCGAGUAUACCCACAUUGAAGCAGAAUGUCCCUUCAUAACCUUUGACGAUCUGUUGAACAAGCUGGAGGAUUUAGUGUGUGACGUUGUGGACCGAGUGCUAAAAUCUCCUGCUGCGCAACUGCUCUAUGACAUCAACCCGGACUUCAAACCCCCUAAAAGGCCAUUCAAGAGGAUGAACUACUCCGAUGCCAUCGUGUGGCUCAAAGAACAUGACGUCAAGAAGGAUGAUGGCACCUUCUAUGAGUUUGGAGAGGACAUCCCAGAGGCCCCCGAGAGGCUGAUGACGGAUGCCAUCAAUGAAACAAUUCUGCUUUGUCGCUUCCCAGCUGAGAUCAAAUCCUUCUACAUGCAGCGCUGCGCUGAGGACAGGCGGCUCACAGAAUCGGUUGACGUUUUGAUGCCAAAUGUGGGUGAGAUUGUUGGAGGCUCGAUGCGUACCUGGGAUGCUGAGGAGCUGUUGGAUGGCUAUAAGAGGGAGGGCAUCGACCCAACCCCGUACUAUUGGUACACUGAUCAGAGGAACUAUGGCACGUGUCCUCAUGGGGGUUAUGGCCUCGGUCUCGAGCGUUUCCUCACCUGGCUGCUGAACAGACACCACAUCAGAGACGUCUGCCUUUACCCACGAUUCAUCCAACGCUGCCGGCCCUAAACACAUACUCGCAUCAUGACACACUCAAGUAUGGGCCAUAGUGUAAAGCUCAAUAUCAAAUCAGAUACAGCACCAGUGUAUACAUUUGUUCCAAUUGUUUUUUUCCUGUUGCAGGUUUUGUUUCACAUAGUUCCCAAAUUGAGAUCCAAUCACCAAGUUAUUCCCUGUGUGGUGCUCAUCUUCACUUCCGAUCAUGUCCCAUAAUUAGUGCUCUAACGUCACCUUAAUCAUGUCAUGUCCACUUCUGCUCUCUAAAACAAACACGUUUCUGUAAUUGUGUAAGAAUACUGAAUGCUCUUGAUCAUUUCCUGCCUUAAAUGCGGUCUUUCUAGCUCCACAUACGCUGUGACUGAGGCUUAGCAAGUCAUUUAUAGUUAGGUUAGUACAAAGUGGCAACAUGGCUACUUUCUUUUUUUUUUGCAAUUGGUACUCUCAUUUUUCCUCACCUGUCCAAAUAUUCUUCGAGGAAGAAAUGUAAACAUUUCCCGGUGUCUUCAGAUUGUUUACUGAACAAAUGUCUCUGGGGUUGAUACAAGAACGUUGGCCUUCCAUGACAAAAAGUAAAGGCAAGAAAAUACACCUUCCACGCGAGUAUUGGUGAUGCUUGGGCAAAACCUAAAAUCACAAUUGUCAAUUUUGUGCUCUGUAGUGCUGACGAACCUUUGACUCUACUGUCUUGCAAAGAAACGAACAAAAAACCUGGACCGCUACUGGUGAUUACGGUUGUCUACAUGGAAUCAAAAUGUUUGUGAUCUGAGAAAAUUGGAAAAUACAACACGUCAAUAAAACGAUGCAAACAAA